UAGCGUAGCAAGGGAGGGGGUCAGAGGAGAACACAGGGAGGGACCGCAUCGGGCUUCUUGUUGUUGUUUUCACAUUAUAGCUCGAAAUUGACUUAACAGAAUCGCGAAACACAUUUUGAGUGUUUUCUUUUGGUUUCUUCUCUGAUUGCUCCCCCCCUCCUUGAAAAGUGGACCGGUCCGGUGCUGGUAAUGUGGCUGAACUCAUUUCGAACUGCUCGUUAAAAGCGAUUAAACACUCUCAACUAGUGUAACAGUGCAAUGAGAACGGUGGAACAGUCAGCGAUACUCGUGCAUUUCCAGGGAUUUCUAGGAGGGAAGAGUCGUUCCUUGAAUAAAACUUGUCUCCGGUCCGCCCAGCUGUUGGAGGCGCUGUAGGAGGAUGUACUCGAGGCGGCCGGAGCACGGCGACAGGAGGUGGAGGCAUCGGGAUCAACGUGACGACGGAUGGGAGGAACGACGUGAGCCUCACAAAGGGUUCCUGCAAGACUCCUGCCACAGAUAUGGCGCAGAUAGACGCAGUGACUCUCCACAGAGGCCGUACAGCAGAGACCGGGACCGGAGGAGUCCGCUGAGGAGACCGGUGUCUUCACCCGUGUGGGACGCCUCCGAGACGAACAUGUCCCGAUGUCCAGAUGACGAGAAGAGUCAUCACAGAUACCAGAGUGAGCCACAGAGGACGACGUACAGACAGCCAGCAGACAGGCUAGGCAGGGACUUUAAGAAAGCUCCUCCUCAAAAGAUAGAUUUCAAAUACAGAGAGACGCAUCAAGACUCCAGACACAGGUACCGACUCCAGGAGUUCGAAAACCAGCCGCGACACGAUGGGGUAACUUACAGGCGGCCGUCGCCGAGCCACAGAGAACGAGCUCGAUCGCAGGAGAGGCCACGAUCGCAGGAGCGCUACUCAAAGAUUUCUGUAAAAUCCAGAACAGCUUCUGACAGCUCAGCUGCGCCCUCGUAUCAGCAGGACCGUCACCCGGCAGGCCAGCUCUGGCAGAACGGAUCAUCUGAACAGCCUCAUGAGGGCGGUGUGACCGCCCGGCAGGCCAACGCUCCGGUGAAGGAACAGACCACGGGCUUCCAGCGUUUCCUGGACGUGCUCAACAAGGGCGUGAACAUGGAAACCCUCAAGAAGAUCGUGACUCAGAGCACCACAGACGCUGCUCCUCAGCCGUCCUGCGAUCAGCCGUCCGGGGCCGUGGACCAGCCCCGGACUCCUCGCCACAUCAGUCCUGCAAACAGCCGGACGCCGCCCGGCCGCCGGUCGCUCAGCCCGACCAGGGGCCUUCAGUCCGAGGAGGAGGCGGCGGCGCCAGCGAAGACCGCCCUGACCGUUGAGGACGAGAAGAAGUGCAGGCAGAUGCGGGAUGUUCUGCAGGCCAUCGGCUUGGAUCUGGGCUUCGAGGAGCUGGGUCAGAUGUCCCAUCGGAUCCAGGAGCGGCUGUAUGGGAGGAAGGACGGGGACCCGGUCCACAGAGUCGGCGGAGAGAGCGGCUCCAGGCCUCCCCCUUCUCCGCGACGCCGGAGCGGCUCCUCGUCAAGCAGAUCCAGCUUCACCCCGUUACCUCGAGAGUACAGCGCCCAGACGGACGCUCCCGAGCUGGAGCCCACCCCGCAGGCUCAGUACCGCCGACACUCCCAGUCCCAGGACGGCCAGUACCACCAGGACUCUGGAUCCCAGGACCGUCAGUACCUACGAGACUCUGGAUCCCAGGAGGGUGAGUACAACCAGGACUCUGGAUCGCAAGGGGGUCAGUACCGGCUGGACUCCGGAUCCCAGCAAGUUCAGUACCACCGGGACUCCGGAUCCCAGGAGGGUCAGUAUCGCCAGUACUCUACAACCCAGGAGGGUCAGUACCGACUGGACCCUGGAACCCAGCAGGGUCAGUACCGACUGGACCCUGGAACCCAGCAGGGUCAGUUCCAGCUAGACCCUGGAACCCAGCAGGGUCAGUACCAACUGGACCCUGGAUCUCAGGGGGGUCAGUUCCAGCUAGACCCUGGAUCUCAGGGGGGUCAGUUCCGACUGGACCCUGGAUCUCAGGGGGGUCAGUUCCAGCUAGACCCUGGAUCUCAGGGGGGUCAGUUCCGACUGGACCCUGGAUCUCAGGGGGGUCAGUUCCAGCUAGACCCUGGAACCCAGCAGGGUCAGUUCCAGCUAGACCCUGGAACCCAGCAGGGUCAGUUCCAGCUAGACCCUGGAACCCAGGGGGGUCAGUACCGACUGGCCUCUGGGUCUCAGGUGGUUGAAACCUGUGAAUCUGCGUUUGCUGUCUCGUGUGCUCCAUCAGUGCCUCCUCCUGCCCCUGUGAUGCCCCCCUUCCCCCCCGCCAUGUGCCCCCCAUUGCUGCACCCACCCCUGCUUUCACCUCCACCUCCCAUGAUGCCCCACGUCAUCCCGGGGAUGUUGCCCCAGCGGCUUCCCUUCCCCCCACUCCCCGCCGCGCUCGGCCUUUCCAGCCCCUCGUUGCCGAGCGCGCCGUCCCUGAACGCAGCACAGAGGGCCAAGGCGGUGCCGAGGCAGCGCUGUCUGCAGGUGAUCCAGACCAAGCCGGGCUGAAGAUCCAGGGACUUUCCGGGACUUUUCUUUUUAACCACAGAUCAACCACCUGUACUGUCAUCAACCUGACCACAAAAUAAAAAA